AUGGGAAUUGUAAAAAAACCUGUACUGAAACAUUACUGGUCCAGGAAUCCAAUGAUAGAGACACCCUUCUUCAACAACACUAUCCCAAGGGACAGAGCACUGAAAAUACUAAAGAACUUGCACUUUGCUGACAAUACUCAGGCUGAUGCUGGAGACCGUCUGUGGAAAGUUAGACACACAAUUGACACUCUUGUUGACAAAUUCAAAACAAACUACAUGAUUUCUCGGGAGACAUCAACAGAUGAGUCUCUACUGAAGUUCAAAGGGCGUCUAAAGUUUAGGCAGUACAAUCCACAGAAGAGGGCAAGGUUCGGGAUAAAAGUGUACAAAGUGUGUCAAAGCACAGGUGUUGCUCACGGGUACACUUGGAACAUUAAAGUAUACACCGGCCAAGACAAGGAUAAGGACGAACCUGCCAGUGCAGCUGUUGUCUUGGAUCUGAAUAGGGAGCUACUGAACAAGGGAUACAAUGUCUACAUUGAUAAUUUGUAUUCCAGCCCGGAUUUGUAUGUCAAACUUCAUAAGGCCAAGACCAAUGUCUGUGGAACUGUGCGCACAUCCAGGAAGAACAUGCCAAAGGAAUUUGUAAAACCAAAGGAACUGAAAAUGAAGAAGGGGGAAAUCCAGUACAGGUCCUGUGCCGAGAAUCUUCUGGUUCUUAUUUGGAAGGACAAGAAGUAUCGGCAACUCGGAGUUAUCAGCAAAGGACGUCAGCAUGAGUGA